UUUGCCAAAACCUUAGGAGUACCUUGGCUGGUCCGAAAACUCGCUUCCAAAUCAUAUCCAACUUUAGAGAUAACGCAAAAUGGAGACGAGUUCAGCUCGAAACUGGUAAGUUUGAUGCACACCUUCGACGUCAAGUUCACUGUUGGCACUGAAUUCGAAGAAAGGCAGCCCAAUGGAGUCGUCAUGAAGAUAAUGCCCAGAUGGGAGGGGGAUAAGCUGGUGAUGGAUUAUCGUCCAAAGAAUCCAGGUGAGGCCAAAGAUCAGACGAUGAUCAGAGAAAUGGUCGAUGAUGAACUCGUUCUGACCGCCAUCGUGGAUAACAUAGUGUCUAAAAGAUUUUUCAAGCGCUUGGAGUAG